CGCAACUACUGCGCAAUUUUGUAUGAUGAGAACCAUAAACGUUUUUCUCUCAUUGUCAUUAAUGCCUACCUGUUCAGCCUGAUUGGUUCACUGAAUCUGUUGCUUUUCGAAGGCCAGCUCUUUCUGAAAGUUAGUCUGAACUAGUCCUGCGCUGCUUAUCUCAAAGGAUGGAGACGUUAUUUUGAGAAACUGGCAAAGCUGAACCUAACUUGAGUGGAUUAUGGGUGGUUCAACUUGACAGGUACUUUUCCACAUGAAUUGUGUUUAGUCUUAGUCGUUUUCUGGGUUCUAAGAAAAUGUAAACAGCUUCUUGGGAUUGAUGCUAAAAAGAAAGGAGAAAGUUGGAAGGAGCAGUGACUGUAUUCAUCUCUGUGAGUAGGGAUAAACUGCAUUUUCAGAAUAUCAUGAAAUUUGGUUUGCCAGAUAGUUUCCAAUGGGUGGGAUGGUAGUGGACGAGAUUCAGCUGUCAUAAGAAUGGAGGAGGAUGGUGUUCCUGUGCCCAUGUCAUUCCAGUCUCCGUUUUGGGAUGGCUGAGGACCCAGGUAGUUUUGGAGUUCAAGAUUCCUGUGUCCUGCAGGAACUGCAGAGACCUUCAGAAGGGUUUCUUGUGGUAAACAAUGCUUGGUUUAAUAGGAAAAUAACUCUCACCAGAAAGUGCCUUCAUUGUAAAGCAAGUAUCUACGAUCUAGUGGGGACUUGAGGGUAAGGCUAGCUGCAGUGGUAAUACUGAGCAUUUCCAGGGGGUGAUGUGAAAGAAAUGCUGAACUUGCACCCCUCGUUCUCAAUUCCAGCAGAUAGGAGUGAUGGUAAUGUCGUGACCAUUUAGGAAGACUGCACCAGGAGGCUGUAAUGUUCUUUUCUAGGCUUGGAAACAGAGAAAGGAAAGACACAGUUUGCGCACUGUCUUAAAACUGUGGCUAGGAAGUUUCCUGAACUGGAGUGAGAAGAUAGUCAUGGGGGGCUGUGCAUGCAUGGAAGCAGAGAAACAUUAGUAUGCAUGAGUUUUCAUAUCUGUCCAUGGAGUUAUACCAGUCUCUGCUGGGGAAGGAAAAGGCAUGUGAGCUUUGUUAAUUGAGAUCAUCUGUGGAUCUCUAGGCUAACAUCCUGUGUGGGCUAGGCAUACACACCUUCUGUGGUAGACUCAGCAAAUUUUUUUUUUUACAAGUGCUGUGUCCCAGGACAGUCAUGUAGACCAGCUUCCUGGGCCAGGUAUCUCUGGCUGCUUGGUCUUUGCUGAUCCAUGGAAAGGUCUCUCCUCUGCACACCCUUCUAUUAGUCAUUUGCAUCACAUCAGGAAAACUCCAGAGGUGGCUGUUUUACCUUUGUCUUAGCAUCUCUUUACCAGUUGAUUAAGUAAGUCAGGCAAAUAUGUUAAUCAUGAAACAGCAUCUCUGCUCUGUAUUGUCUCACCUUUGCUCUGGGAAAGGGGGAUUGGGUUGUCACAACAGCAGCUCCCAUAGGAGCUAUAGAAUUGUACUUCAGAUGCUUAUCAUCUCCAUCUGGAUAUGCUGGAAAUGGAGUCUUAGGAAGAGUUCUUAAGGACAGGACUUCUGCGGCCAGUCAGUUCUCAUGUUUGGAAGCGUGAAGCUGUUGCACCUGAGAACUGGUGGUAAGGGUCAUCUCUCUCCAAUGUGACUUUCCCUCCAUGGCUCUGGGGGAGACAGUAGGGCAACUUCCUCUGCCUAGGAGAGGGUUAAAAAGGAACUGAACAAGUACAUUUCUUUACAGCCUCUUAACUACCAGAUGAAGCACAAACCAGCAUGUCUGACAACAGUCUGGAAUCAAACCCUGACCGCAAGCUUGUACUCUAAGGCAGAUAAAGGAGUGAAAGGUGUGGAGUUGUAUGCUGUUGUAAAGGCAUCUGCAGGAGUCUGGAGCAAUGCCACCACCUUCAGAUAUUGUGAAAGUUGCUGUUGAGUGGCCAGGUGCCAAUGCUCAGCUGCUGGAAAUAGAUCAGAAAAGGCCUCUUGCAUCCAUCAUCAAGGAGGUCUGUGAUGGGUGGUCGCUGCCAAACCCUGAAUACUACACCUUACGAUAUGCUGAUGGUCCUCAGCUGUACAUCACUGAGCAGACUCGCUGUGACAUCAAGAAUGGAACAAUCCUACAGCUGGCAGUCUCCCCGUCUAGGGCAGCUCGUCAGCUGAUGGAGAGGAUCCAGUCACACAGUAUGGACACUCGACUGGAUGCCAUGAAGGAAUUGGCUAAACUUUCAGCAGAUGUGACCUUUGCCACAGAGUUCAUCAACAUGGAAGGGAUUACAGUGCUGACACGGCUUGUGGAGAGCGGGACCAAGCUUCUAUCCCAUUACAGUGAAAUGUUGGCUUUCACCUUGACUGCCUUCUUGGAGCUAAUGGACCAUGGUAUUGUCUCCUGGGACAUGGUUUCAAUAACCUUCAUCAAACAGAUUGCAGGGUAUGUGAGUCAGCCUAUGGUAGAUGUCUCCAUACUCCAACGAUCCCUAGCCAUUCUAGAAAGCAUGGUGUUGAACAGUCAGACUCUGUAUCAGAAGAUAGCAGAAGAGAUCACCGUGGGGCAGCUCAUUUCUCAUCUGCAAGUCUCAAACCAAGAGAUCCAGACAUACGCCAUUGCCCUUAUUAAUGCCCUCUUUCUGAAGGCACCUGAGGACAAGAGACAGGACAAGCUGCUUAACCCUCUAGACCUGCCCAUCACUGAAAUGGCUAAUGCAUUUGCCCAGAAGCACCUGAGGUCUAUAAUCCUGAACCAUGUGAUCAGAGGAAACCGCCCAAUUAAAACAGAAAUGGCACAUCAGCUGUAUGUGCUACAGGUUCUGACUUUUAAUCUCCUCGAAGAGAGAAUGAUGACCAAGAUGGAUCCCAAUGAUCAGGCACAGAGAGACAUCAUAUUUGAGCUGAGAAGAAUUGCAUUUGAUGCAGAAUCUGACAGCAACACCAUCCCUGGCAGUGGAACAGAAAAACGCAAAGCAAUGUACACCAAGGACUACAAGAUGCUGGGAUUCACUAAUCACAUCAAUCCAGCCAUGGAUUUUACUCAGACUCCUCCAGGGAUGCUGGCGUUGGAUAACAUGCUGUACUUGGCCAAAUUUCAUCAGGACACCUAUAUCCGGAUUGUUCUGGAGAACAGCAGUCGAGAAGAUAAGCAUGAGUGUCCCUUUGGACGCAGUGCUAUUGAGCUUACCAGGAUGCUUUGUGAGAUUCUGCAAGUUGGGGAACUCCCCAAUGAAGGCCGGAAUGACUAUCACCCCAUGUUUUUCACCCAUGACCGUGCAUUUGAGGAGCUGUUUGCCAUCUGCAUCCAGCUGUUGAACAAGACCUGGAAAGAAAUGAGAGCGACAGCAGAAGAUUUUAAUAAGGUUAUGCAGGUUGUGAGGGAACAGAUCACACGAGCUCUCCCCUCCAAACCUAACUCUUUGGACCAGUUCAAGAGCAAACUGCGCAGCCUAAGCUAUUCUGAGAUUCUGCGACUACGCCAGUCUGAGCGAAUGAGCCAGGAUGACUUCCAGUCACCACCUAUUGUGGAACUCAGAGAGAAAAUCCAGCCUGAGAUCUUGGAGCUGAUAAAACAACAGCGCCUGAACAGGCUCUGUGAGGGAAGUAGUUUUCGAAAAAUUGGAAAUCGCAGAAGGCAAGAAAGAUUUUGGUAUUGUCGCCUGGCGCUGAAUCACAAGGUGUUACACUAUGGGGAUCUGGAAGAUAAUGCCCAGGGGGAAGUGACCUUUGAAUCACUGCAGGAAAAAAUUCCAGUUGCAGACAUCAAAGCUAUCGUCACAGGGAAGGACUGUCCACACAUGAAGGAGAAAAGUGCGUUGAAACAGAACAAGGAAGUGUUAGAAUUGGCCUUCUCAAUAUUAUAUGAUCCUGAUGAGACUUUGAACUUCAUUGCACCUAACAAAUACGAGUACUGUAUCUGGAUCGAUGGGCUUAAUGCUCUCCUGGGGAAGGACAUGUCCAGUGAGCUAACUAAGAGUGAUCUCGACACGUUGCUGAGCAUGGAAAUGAAGCUGAGACUCCUGGACUUGGAGAACAUCCAGAUUCCCGAAGCACCACCACCCAUCCCCAAGGAGCCGAGCAGCUACGACUUCGUGUACCACUACGGCUGACGGGGGCUCUGCCCGCGCUGGGCCGGCCUGGGCCUGGGGCGGGCGGCUGGCGCUGCGGCUCACUGCGCGGCGCCUGAGCUGAGGCGGGCGCAGCCGCCUGAGGGCGCCCGGCUGCCCACCCGGCCCGCACCCCUUCCCUUCGCGGCAGAGCUGCCGGCCCGCGGCGGGGCGGGCUGCGCAGCUGCCUCGCGCCCGUGCGCCUUUUGUACGCGUCCGAAUAAUAACCAGCAGCACGGCCCUGC